CGUGCACUGCGGAGGCUCAUGGUCUUCAGGAACGGAGACCCAAAGACUAGGUGCUCCGUCCUUCUGAGCAGAAGGGUCACCCAGAGCUUCGAGACCUUGCUGCAGCACCUGACGAAAACCAUGCAGUGCCCUGUGGUCAAGCUGUACGCCACGGAUGGAAGGAGGGUUCCCAGUCUCCAGGCAGUGAUCCUGAGUUCUGGAGCUGUGGUGGCAGCAGGAAGAGAGCCAUUUAAACCAGGAAAUUAUGACAUCCAAAAGUACUUGCUUCCUACCAGAUUACCAGGGAUCUCUCAGCGUGUGCACCCCAAAGGAAAGGCGAGGUCAGAAAGCAGAAAAAGUAGUAACUGGAAAGUUGUCAUAAUCACCAGUGACUUGCCAAAUGCAGGGACCAGCUCACAGAUUUAUAUCAUACUAUAUGGACAACAUCGAAGCUCAGCCCCCAUAUAUCUUUUUGGAACAGACGAGACUCAAUUUCAGGAUGGCCAUGAAGACAUAUUUGCUAUCACUGUUGGAGACAUUGGAACACUCUUUAAGAUUCGUAUUGGUCAUACCAACUCUGGACACUCCCCUUCCUGGCACUGUAAGGAGAUACAAUUGCAAAACAUGAAUUCUGGAAAACACUUUUGCAUACCAGUUCAGCGAUGGUUGGCACGAGAUCAAGAAGACGGGGAAAUUUGUAGAGAAUUUCCUCUUUUAAAUAAAGGACAAUCCAUUCUUCCAGUGACACUAUACGAAGUGUACAUAGCAACGGGUGAGCUAUGGAAUGCUGGAACAGCAGCAAAUGUCUACAUUUCUAUUCAUGGGGAAAAGGGAGAUACAGGAUCCAGACAACUACUUAGAUCAAAGAGCUCCUUCAGUUUUUUAAGAGGACAAACUGACACCUUUUUUCUGGAAGCUGUGCAUCUUGGAGAUUUGUAUAAGAUUGUGAUAGGCCAUGAUGGACUUGGCUCAGGAAAUGGCUGGUUUCUUGACGACGUUGUUGUCAAGGAUCCUACAACAAACCACGAGUAUGCCUUCUUCUGUCACAGGUGGCUGGAUCAAGGGGCUGAUGAUAGUAAAAUUGUCAGAGAACUGUAUGCCAGAGAUAACAGUAACUUCUCUGCAAGGCAGAAGCUAGAACUUAAGAGAAAAGAAACAUGGACUGCAGAAAGCUGGAAGUUUAUGAAAGGAAAUACUCUUCAGUUCUACAACAGACUGACUGGCGGGUUUGUCCGUCUGCAUCCAGAUGGUACGGUUGAUGCCACUGGUGAGAAGAAAGACAAAUAUGGUCUCUUUGAUGUUAUUUUCAACAAGGAAAAUAUAUGCAUUUUCCAAAGUCAUGAGAUGAGGCAUCUUUCUCUUGCAAUUGACAAUGGCAUUGUCACUGGAAUGGCGAGUGAUGGAGCUGCCACAGAGCUACGAGUCCUUUACCAGCCUGACCGCUGUGCGCUUCUUGAAUCAGCAGGGGUUCCUGGUCUCACGGUUAUUUUUGAUCGCCAUGGCAAAAUAGCAGAUGAAUCAUCAGCAGGCUAUACAAACCUUUCAAAAGAAUUUGUGAUUUUUGUCAAGGGGGUGUUCCUCAACAGUGCUGUGGUUCUACUUGCCACAAGCCUGUGUCAGGCCCUGUGUCUCCAGCCGGAUGGGAGCUGCACGGGAGUGGGAAAGCAGUCUGAGACAUCCUACUGGAAAGUACAUCAAAUCAGCUCUGGGAUUUGUAUGUUUGAAAGUGUGAAAAAUGCACGGAUGUAUCUAAGGAUUAAGGAUGGCCGGUGUGAUGGAACAGGUACAGGAGAUAUAUACUGUCAUUUUAAAAUUAAGAAGAAUUUGAAAAAUGCAUCCAUAAGCCUGGAAUCUACGAAGAGCCCCGGGUUGUUUGUUGGACUUCAGUCAGAUGGACAGGCAAAGCCAGUGAUUUACACUGAGGAUGAGAAUGUUUGCUUCUAUCCACAAGUCAUCCAAUUUGGCAGAGAAAACCCAAUGGGAAUGUCUACAACACCCAGCCACGAGCAAGAAAAGAAUGAUGACUCAAAAAAAGAGAAAAAAAUACCAGCAGAAUCUGAGGCUAAGAGUCCCUUGUCUUCUUCAACUGCAGAGGAAAUCAGAUGUUCCCAGAGUAGUGAGACUCUUCUGUCAGAAGACAAAUGGAAGGUGUUUGUGCUGACAGGAAAUGCAGGGACUCAAGCCAAUGUCACACUCUGGGUGUAUGGAGACAAAGGAGUCAUUGGGCCAAUAAGUCUAAGCAAGGACAGCCCAGAACAGCUCUUCCUUCCAGGACAGGAGGAUGAGUUUCAGGUUGAAAUGAGAAGCAUUGGAAAGAUAUAUAAAAUAAGGAUAGGACACGAUGGAACUAGUGAGAAACAUGAGUGGAACUUGCAGAGGGUGACCAUGCAACACUUGAAAAGCAAGAUGACUCUAGAUUUUGUAGCAAACGUGUGGCUCUCUUGGAUCCAAGAAGACGGGGAUAUUGUCUGUGAGCUUCCUGUCGUAAAAGGAGGACAAGCCACUUUUCCAUUAGUGAGAUACCAGGUAGAUGUCUACACUGGGCAGUUGAAGCAAGCAGACACAGAGUCUGAGGUUUCCCUCUGUCUCUAUGGGGAGAGGGGAGACUCUGGCCUUAGACGACUGUACAGAUCUAACAUGCCAGUAAGAUUUCAAAAAGGACAGAUUGAUACAUUUCAAGUGGAGGCAGUGUCGCUUGGAAAACUGCAGAAGGUGCUGUUGCACUGUGAGGCCAGUGACAGAUCACAGUACUGGUACUGUGAAAAGGUCAUAGUCAGAGAACCUGGUACCUCCUCUGAGUCCAUCUUCACCUGUGAAAGAUGGCUUCCUUUUAUGUCUCAGGGCGUACUUCAUUCAGAAAUUGAACUUUAUCAUCAAGGUGAGGAUUCAUGGAUCUGUCAGUAG